AUGACAGCUGCUGGAUCUAUCGCUGAACCCACCCCAAACGAAAUUGAGGCACAACGUCCCCUUUAUGAACCAGAGUACGACGGAACAGUUACAAACAGUGACCUCAAGAACCACUUGAUUGCUUUCUUGGGUGAAUUCUUUGGUACUUUUAUUUUCCUCUGGACCGCCUUUGUUAUUGCCCAAAUUGCAAAUGAAGACCCAACUAUUCCAGAACCAGGCCAAGGCUCGGACCCAAUGCAACUCAUUAUGAUUUCAUUUGGUUUUGGUUUUGGUGUCAUGAUGGGUGUAUUUAUGUUUUUUAGAGUUUCCGGUGGUAAUCUCAACCCCGCAGUCACUUUGACCUUGAUGCUCGCACGUGCAGUGCCUCCAGUUCGUGGUGUAGUGAUGUGGAUUGCACAAAUGAUUGCCGGUAUGGCUGCUGCUGGUGCCGCUUCUGCCAUGACCCCAGGUGAAAUCAAAUUCACCAAUGGCUUGGGCGGCGGUGCUUCAAGAUCAAGAGGUGUGUUUUUAGAGGCGUUUGGUACCUUUAUCUUGUGCUUUACCGUGUUGAUGAUGGCUGUUGAGAAGUCAAGAGCUACAUUUAUGGCCCCAUUUGUUAUUGGUAUCUCGUUGAUGUUGGGACACUUGAUUUGUGUUUACUAUACUGGUGCAGGCUUGAACCCAGCCAGAUCAUUUGGUCCAUGUAUCGCUGCUAAAUCAUUCCCAGACUACCACUGGAUCUACUGGGUCGGACCUAUUUUGGGUGCAGUCUUGGCAUGGGGUGUUUGGAGAUUGUUGACAUUCUUGGGAUACAAGUACUGUAACCCAGGCCAAGAUUCUGACGAGUAA